UAUACCUAAGCCGUCUGUGCAAUGCGGUCAGGAAAACAUGUAGUUUUGUUUACGUUAGUCGCGAUGAACUUUAUCGAACAGCCCGCACCAGAGGUCACCAUCGAACAAGGGACUUUGAGCGGAAGGAUAAGCGAAGAUGGACUGAUAUUUGAGUACCUGGGGAUACCUUAUGCGACUACUAAUGAGAAUGCACGGUUCAAGGCUCCACUCCCGCCACCAAGAUGGAAAGGAAUUUUCAAAGCCACAGACGACUCUACGGCAUGUCCCCAGAAUAACUUCAUCGUCAUCAGGGGUACAGAAGAUUGUCUCAAGAUUAACGUAUUUGUUCCAGCUUUUGCUACGAAACCGUUGCCCGUUAUGGUCUUUGUUCACGGAGGGGCAUUCUUUCUUGGAGACGGAGGGAAGUUUUUUCUUGGACCAAAGUUUUUACUCAAACAUGACGUAAUAAUGGUUACCUUUAACUACAGAAUUGGGGUUUUGGGGUUUUUAUGCUUGGGUAUCGAAGAAGCUCCAGGUAAUGCGGGGCUGAAAGACCAGUUAGCUGCCUUACGAUGGGUGAAGGGGAAUAUAAAGGCUUUUGGUGGUGAUAGUGAUAACGUAACAGUUUUCGGAGCUAGUGCUGGCGCAACGUCUGUGUCGCUACUGAUUGCUGGCGGUAAACUAGAUGGCUUGGUCAAGAGAGCUAUCAUUCAAAGCGGCUCUUCUCUUGCCCAUUGGGCAAUUACACGGAAACCCUUAUGGGUCGCCAAUUAUGUCUUAAAAUCAUUGGGGUAUGACACCGAAGACCCAUACGAAACAUACAGUAUUUUAAAUAGCAUGACAUACAAACAAUUAGCUUCACUACCUCAUGAUAAACCUGUAGAACAAUAUCUCGAUACUCAACUAAUUCAUUUGCCCUGUAUUGAAAAGCCGUUUCCUGGUACUGAAGCUAUUAUAACGGACUACCCUUACAAUCUUCUUAAAAGAAAUCCAACAAAUAUAUCAAUUAUUCAUGGAACAACUGAUCAAGAAGGUCUGUUUUUCAUUUCGUACGAUACCCUUGAUACAAUUAAUUAUAGAAAUGGAAAGUACUUGAUGGCGAGCGAUUUAGUGUUCCAAACUAACGAAGAAGCUGCUAAAGUAUCUAAAGAAAUACAAGAUUUUUAUUUUCUUGAAUCAUCUAUUAGCAUGAAGACUGCAAUGAAUUUAUCAGAAUUGUAUAAGCACCUACACUUUGAAAUGCCUAGUAUUUUUGAAUCACAAGUUUUGGCUGAGGCAAGCAAUGUUACGUUAUACAACUAUUAUUUCAAAUACUCGGGUAACAGAAAUUACCUAAAAUUUGCUCUAGGUUAUCAUGAAGUAGAUGGCGCAUGUCAUGGAGAUGACCUUUUGUACCUCUUCGAUGCUGUACUUUGGCCUUUUAAAAUAAAUGAAGACGACAACCGUAUGAUUAGACGAAUGACUACAAUGUGGACAAAUUUCGCGAAAUACGGGGACCCAACACCUACUACUACAAAGGAGCUCCCUGUACGCUGGCUGCCGAGUAACAAAGACAACUUAAGGUUUCUGUACAUAGAUAGCGAGCAUGCCUAGUCCAGAGGCAUACGAAAUGUGG